GCGUUACAUUGAACACGAUGUUCUGGUAAAUGUUGUGGACUUCAUGUGUACAAAUAUCUCAAGCCAGUUGGCACUCUUGGGACAUUUGCCUGGCGGAAUGUGUGUUGCAGUGCUGUAGGAACUGUCCAGUUUUGAAAGGGUCAUUGUGAGAAGAACUUGAGAAACUUUAGGUUUGACUGUGUUGGACUUGUGAACACUGUCAUUUGGUCGUGCAUGUCUCUGAGAACCUGACGUUUCUUUUCAAUGGCUGCCUCUGGCUCCUCCACCACAGUGCCUGAAGGAUUUCACUAUGAGACCAAGUAUGUCAUCCUCAGCUACCUCAGCCUGCCCUCGCCAUCAAGAUCAAGACCCUCACAUGCGGCUGAGGGAGAGAGCCAUUCUACACAGGAAGUGGAAAGAGAGCGAAACAGCAGCCUGAAGAAACAGAUUGAAAAUGAAAUGAAGCAGCUGGAAGAGGAAAUUGCAGCCUCUUUUUCCAGGACUGGUUUUGAUCAGCACACAUCCCCAGUGUUCAGUCCAGCCAAUCCAGAGAGCUCGAUAGAGGACAGUCUGGCAGUAUUGGGGGACCGCGUCUCUCGGGACCUGGACACACACCUGUUUUCCGCCACUAAUACGCUUCUGAGCAGUGACUUGAACUUCGAAUGCUUCAGAGCAGCAGUGGACGAGGUUUCCUCUCACGCUCAAGGAGGAUGGAGCAAGGUGUUGGUACCUUUAGUAUUGUUACAAGCCCUGCAGGCCAAGGGUCAAUCGCUAGAAGCUCUGCUCCAGUGUGGUUUGCGUUACCUUGAAGAAUCACAGGCAGACUUCAUCAUUCAGCAGGGAGGAUGGGGCACAGUGUUCAGCCUGGAUGAAGUGGAGGAUCCUGGCGUGAUCAUAGCCGAGGACAGUAACGACAUCUAUAUCCUGUCAGGUGAACAGGCCUCAGAUCAGCUCAGCCCUCCUGCUUCACUGCUGACUCUCGGAGACAGUAGUGAACCAGCUUCCUGGCAGACGGAGAGUCUUCCUGUGUCUCUGACGGGACACGAGUCUUGGGCGCAGGUCAGCAUGAUGGACCCAGAAGACGUCAAGAGUCUGGACAGCGCUGAAGGAGUGGCGUUGGCUGAGGAGCAGAGCGAGAACAACUCCUCGAACUCUGACAUAGUGCAUGUGGAGCGUGAAGAUGCUGAGCUGCUGGAAGAAGCUGGAGAGACGGUGGAGGAAGGAGAGCUGCAGAGUAGCGUACUCAGUGUUCUGGGCAGUGAGAGCGAACUCGCUGCUGUCCGAGAACAAGAGUCUGCUGCACCUGAGCUGCUUGCAGAACCGGUGGUGAUGGAGAUCCCUCCCCCUCCUUCUCCUCCUCCUCCUCCUCCUCCUCCUUCAGCAUUGGCAGAGCAAGAGCUCCCGCCUGUCCAUGCUGCUGUUACAGCCUCAAUCCCCGUGCCUGAGCCUGAACUUCAGUCUCAGCCUGUUCCAGCUCCUGUGGAGCCACCUCCAUCAUCCCCACCUGAACCCGAAGCAACCCUGGAGCAAGAGAUUCUUUCAGAGGUUGAGCUGAAGACCUCCUCCCGAUCUCCAGACCUCCCAAUCCCAAGUCCUGCGGAGGUGCAGACCACGUCAGUGCCACAAGCCGAGUCCGCCGAGCUCCCCGUGCUGCUAUAUGGCGGUGCUGCCCUGGUGGCUGUCGCUGCAGUGUUGGCCUUCGGAGCUCUAGCCUACAGGAAGAAGUAGAAAGUCCUUGACUGUCCAUGACCUCGCUGUAUCUCUUGCCCUGUGGUUAACGUGCUGCCACAAGCUGCACUUUAUGGGAAAAUAAGUACUCCUCUUAUUUGUGUCAUACUAGUUUGUUUUCCGUUCUCAUUGCUUUUAUUCUUAGGCGUAGUUCUGGAAACCAGCUUUAUGGCUGGACGGGAACUUGCAGGUGCAGAUUCAGGUUUCUUUCAUGCUGUAUUUGUGAACAUUGGAGUGACCCGUUUCAUGGGCUGCGACUGAGGUUUUGCCUGGAUCCUUAAUAUUAACUAAAGAAACAUCAAGGCUUCUGAAUUAUAAAAAAACAAAGGGAUAGAUCACCCAAAACACAAAAUGAGCCGUUAGUUUAUUCACCUGCAGGACAUUCAGGUUAUAGCUGAUUUUUUUGUUCUUUAGUUGAUCAUUAGAGAAAGUUUUUAGCAGAAACUAGUUCUUGGUUCUUCAUAAUACACAAGUCAAUGCUACUAGCACUUUAGCAGUCUAAAAAACAUGACAUUCACUGGCAAAAUAAAAUUAAUACUUGCAGCUCCUGAUGAUACAUUGAGGUAUUAUGAAGCAAAACAAUCUAUCUUUGCAAAAUACCUUUAAUCCACAGGCUCAGCAGACAGGUCCAUUCACAAUAUAUGAUAUUGUACAAGCUCAUGUGACUCAUGAACACUCAGAUCUGUCUGCUGACAAUUAAAGUAAUCUUAGUGAAAUAAUAUUCCAUUUCUCACACAGAACAAUCAUGACGUUUGUUAUUUGUUCAUACUAUUUAUUUAAAAAAUAAAAACAUUUUUUGGGGACAACUUAAUUUUUUAAGUUCAAUCGACUUACAUUUGUAAAAACUAAUAAGCUAACUUAAUUCCUUUGUUUUCUCAACACAAAUAGAAUGUGUGGAACCCGAGAUUUUGUUUACAGUCUUUAUCUUCAGAAGCCACUGGUAUUCAUUUGUUUUGCUUGAAUAUGCUUGGUUUUUUUUUGUCUUAAAGUGUUGUAGCUGCUGCAUAUUAUCAAUCACCACGAACAGUUUCAGCUCAAAAUCGAUUUCAGUAUUCUGUAUUGUAACCUGAGGGUGAAUAAAUUCUAUUUGUUUUAUGUUUGGGGAA